AGUGAGGGAAGAACCCAGCUUCCUUUUUUAAGAAUCAGUGCGAGCAAGGGGGUAGAGCCACGAUAUUUUAGGGAGACUCUGUCGCACUCCCCUUCCCCCGGGUAGCUAGCGUCUAGGAUGUGUGCACCCCGCUCGUAGUCUCCCAUGGAGAGACGCCGGCUGCGGCAGCCGGCCGUAACCCGACCCCGCCGGCGCAGGGACUGAAGAGGUGCUGGGGAGAGCAGCGAGAGGUGAACAAAAGCCCUCCGCGUGGGGGCCCGGAGCCCGGACCUGGGGGACUCCAACAAAGGACGGGGUUCAGCUAUGGUGGACCCGGUGCCAGAAGAGGAGAAGGAGGGAGCGGAGCCCGGCGGCACAGAAGGGGAUGAGGCCACAGCGUCCGUGCCCCCCGAGGCCCAGGGAGCCCAGCAGCCGGCUGCCUCCUCGGCCUCGGCCUCCGCCUCGGCAGCGCCGCCCCGCAAGGCCGAAGUCCCAUCCGGGGCAGAAGGUGGGCGCCGGGAGCAGUCCCCGCUGCUGCACCUCGAUCUCUUCAACUUCGCCUGCCCGGAGGCAGAGGGCAGCCGCUACGUCCUGACCAGCCCCCGCUCGCUGGAGGCCUGCGCCCGCUGUGCGGUCAAACCGGUGGAGCUGCUGCCUCGGGCCCUGGCUGACCUGGUGCGCGAGGCCCCGGGCCGCUCCAUGCGCGUGGCCACCGGCCUGUACGAGGCGUACGAGGCCGAGCGGCUGGCCAAACUGCAGCAGUGCCGCGCCGAGCGCGAGCGCAUCAUGCGCGAGGAGAAGCGGCGCCUGUUCACGCCCAAGGGUCCGGCUGCAGCCCCGACCUCGACCACGGCCUCCUCGGCGUUGAGCGCGGGCAGCAGCAGCAGCUGCAGCAGCAGCAGCCUCCCGGCCUCGCCCGCCUCGCGGGUCGCCCGAAGGACUUCUCCGAGUCCCCCCGCCAGGACCCGGCCUCCGCCCGCGGCUUCUCGGACAGGUAGGAAGAGCCACUCGCUGGACUCGCUGUCGCGCCGGCGGGACGGCGCCCUCAGCUCCGAGUCCGGCGCCUCGUCGUCGUCCUACAGCGGCGAGAGCCUCCGGGAGCUACGCUGGCCGCCUCGGGCUGCAGCCAGGAACAGCUGCCCCGCCGGCUCCGCGUCCUCCGCGCCCAACCCGCUGGGCCGCCCUUCCGCCCUGGCUCUGGUUCCGCUCACGGCCCGCAGCUUCAGCCUGGGAGACCUGAGCCACUCGCCGCAGACCGCUCAACACGUGGAGCGCAUCGUCCGCCAAGUGCGCGCCGAGCGAGGCCUGCGCGGGGUCCCCGAGCGCGACCGCAAGAUCGCCGCGCUCAUGCUGGCGCGCCACCAGGAGGAGCGCCUGUUGCUGGAGCAGCGCGCCGCGGCCCACGGCCAGUGGGAGCAACAGCGCAUGCGCGCCGAGCAGCGGCGGGAGCGCGAGGAACGCGAGAAGCAGCGCGCGCUCGAGCAGGGCCGGCGCGCCUGGGCCGCGCAGGUGGAGGAGCGGCGGGGCCGGCGGGGCCGGGAGGAGCGGGAGGCGGCGCGGAGGAGGCAGCAGCAGUGCGAGCGCAGCGAGGAGCGGCGGCGGGAGCUGGCGGAGCGCCAGGGCCUGCUGCGGCGGGAGCGGGCGGAGCGCGCCGCGCGGGACGACCGGCUGCGCAAGCUGCAGCAGGAGCAGAACCUGAAGCAGCGGGAGGAGGGCCUGCGGGAGGGGCGGGAGCGCGCCGAGCUGGCCCGCAGGGAGCGCGCCCAGCGAGCGGCGCGCGCCAAGCAGCGCCAGGAGGGCCAGCAGCAGCGCGAGAAGCGGGAGCUGAGCCGGGCCGAGCGGGCCCGCCACGAGGUACUGCUUCGGGGCCGAGUCCGGCAGCAGCACGAGGAGCGGGAGGGCCUGCGGAGCUCCCUGGAGGCCAGCUUGGGCCGCGCGCAGGAGAACUACGAGCAGCUGCUGGAGCAGCGAGCCCGGGAGCUGCGGGAGCGGGCCCGGAGGGAGGAGCUGCAGGGCCGGCGGGCUAAGGAAGCGGCCGAGCGCAAGGAGCGGGAGCAUCAGGCCCACCUGGAGGCGCUGGCGCGGGCGGGUGAGCGACGUCUGCAGCACGCGGCGCAGGUGGCCGAGGAGGCGGUGCAGCAGAAGGCGCGGCGCGUGGUUCAGACCCGCCUGGAGAAGGAGAGGACCCAGCGCGCCAACAAGGAGAAGGUGGAGAGGGAUGAAGACUGCCGCCGCCGGGAACUGCUGCAGGCCAUUGGGCGGAAGCUGGAGCGCAGCGAGCAGCUCUCUCGGGAACGGCGAAGUGCACUGGAGAGCGCCCGCUCCACAGCCCGGGCCUCCUUUCAUGUGCGGGAGAAGGUGCGGGAGGAGACCAACACACGCUCUUUUGACCGCAUGGUGCGAGAGGCCCAGCUACAAGCCAGCCUGGACCGCAAAUGACGGCUGCCAUGUGCGGGCCAUGCUGCUCUGUAUAGCUAGAUGGCCUCCAGGUGGGGCCUUCCUUAGUCACUUUGACCAAACUCCGGGCAUCUCCAGUCCAGCUGUUACAGCAUGAACUCUCCGGACUAAUGAAUCAUGAGGCACUGAGAAGCCAGACGUGGUACUUUUCCGUCUGCCGCCAUUAUUUUACAGACUUACGUCGUUUGGAAAUGACAAGGCACAUCCACUUGUGUCUUUGGGUUGGAAUAGGAAGUAGCUAGGGAGAGGGAGGGUCCCCUAGGAGAAAGCACAGAGGUGAAUGUCGGGUUCUCUCUGCCACAGUUGCCUUGGGCAUCUUUCUGACAUUUGCGUCCAAGACAACUUUAAGUUGCAGCAGCCAAGGGGAUAUCUUCCAGGCUCACCUCUAUCUUUUGAAAUACAAGUUGCACAGACCUUAAAGUCUCCCAAGAAAGCACAGCUUUUCGAAGAUGUUAGUUCAUGCACAAGGAACCACAAAAGCUAUUAGUUCUGAGUGUGGGACUAUUAGUCUGACACCUGAGCAAAUUUCUCCUGUUCCCAUAUUUUUUUUUUCAGUUGAACCCCUAGGCUUUCUAGUUAGACAAUCAUCUGCAGAUAAUAAUCACUUCUUAUUCUCCCAAAUGGCAUAGGGUGGAUUGGUGACGCUGUUUGGCUUUAACGGAAGCCCUCCAUCCUCCGAGUUCUCUGGAGGUGAUGGUUUUCUUAGGCAGCAGCAUCCCACCCCAUGAGGCUUCCAUGGAAGGUGGUGUAUUCCAGUGGAGGCAAGUGUCUGCUGCCCAUUUCCCUGUGUGGGGCCUGCAGACAGAAGCCAUUGCCUUACAAAGCAGAGUUACCUUCUGUGCCUGCCCAGGCCGCUCUUGCCUAAAGCUCCAGCCUUGAAUGCGGUCUCUAGGGUGAGCCCUGGAGUGUGUAGGAUUCCCGCUGUGAUUCAGUCAGUUCAGCGCCCUGAGGACCAUUUAGGAUCCUUGGCUGCUUACCUGUGGUGGCUGAAGGUCUAGAAUUGCCUCUGUGCUGAGCUGUGCUAGUGUUGGUAGGGUAUCACUCUUCCCUAGUGGGAAAAAAGAAUCUUCCCUCCUUAAAUUCCUGGUACCCUCUCACAUACCUGGAGUAUUUAAUCAGUUUCUUGGUGCCUCACCUUUCCCAUCUGCCAGAUAGGGCCUUCAGAGCUCUUCUGGUACCUCAAAAUCUCCUGGAUCCAGAGCACCACUUCAGUGUUAUUUGUUGGUUUCCUUUGUGCCUUUCUUGACCUGGAGUUGGGAGGCAGGAGGACCGCUAUUAGCCUAGUUUGUUUCUGGUAAUAUGGAUUCCUGGCAUUAGACAGGACAGUGCAUCACAGAUGGUCAUUUAGCAUCUGAGGUGUGUGUGUAGGGCGGGGGUGGGGUGUGCUUGAAAUACCAAGCCACUCCCUGGUCAGAAGGUUUAGUUAUCACUUGGCAGUUUUAACCCAUUGAGCGCUCCUUCCGUGAAGCUGAAACUGACCCCACUCAUAGCCACCUGUCAGCUAUGUGUUCACCAGAAAAGGUGGGAAGUCCACCACACCAUCCCCUUUGACAGCAAAUCAAGGUCAGGAAGUAAAACAAAAACAAACAAAAAAAACUUACCAAAAAGAAAGGAAUCAGGGUAGAGAUGUAGUGCAUUAGAUGUGUUUUGUGUGUAUUCUGCUGGCAGAAUUGUCCCUAAAAUGACUGGCGAUUGCCCACACCCCUCAUCAACCCUACCCCAUCACAUGCUAAGAGGAGUCUUGUGUCAAAGAAAGCUGUGUCUAGGUGUCACGCCUGAGAUAAUGUGAAACCAGGAAAGGUGCAAUGUACCAAGGCUUGUGUCUUGAAUGGGUGGUGUGUCCUUUAACACUUGUUGGUGAGCUGUGAUAAUGUGCUGCUCUAAGACAGGAGCAUUUUACUAAAGAGUUAAUGUGAUUGUG